UUUUGGCAAUUUUAACUCAACUCAAAUAACAAACACUGAGCACCUAUCAUUUUAUUUUAACAAUUUGCUUCUAAAUAUGCAAUUCUGGCUUACCACAUUCUAUCCCAGAGCAACCAAGGUCAACCUUGUACCCCCAUUUUUAACGUUCAAGUGGUCUCUACAAUAUUGAAUAACGGGACAGUAGUAAAGAAGAGUGUAACACGGGCUGUUUGAGAAUUAUUUGAAACCCUCCCAGAUUGAGUGUUCGAUAAAUAAUUGAACCAACCAAAGGGCUGCAGUUAAAAUGCUGAUGUCAGCAAUUCGUUGCAGCAUUCCGUGGUGCAGAGUAAGGGGCUGUUGCAGCGGUGUUUUUGUGAUCACAUGCACGGCUGUGUCGGGAAUCAAGAUGCUGUCUCUCAUCAAGGGUGUUUCGUUGUUCUCUUUGUUGUUUCUCGGCCUGGUCUCCAGAGUUCAUGCUAAAAGGAGUUUUAGAUGUCCUUCUUCAUGCACUUGUACCAAGGAGUCUAUUAUUUGCGUCGGGUCUUCCAGCGUCCCACGGGCUUUUCCAAAUGACAUAAAUUCCUUGAGCGUUGUAAAUGGAACCUUCAACGAAAUCAAGGAGGGGAUGUUUUCUCAUAUGCCUUCUUUGCAGUUGCUACUUUUGAAUUCAAAUGCAUUUUCUUCGAUAAAAGAUGAUGCCUUUUCCGGGCUUCUACGCCUGGAGUAUCUAUUCAUCGAAAACAACAAAAUAGAGGCUACCUCUAAACAUUCAUUCCGAGGUCUUCGGGAUUUAACACAUCUGUCCUUGGCUAACAACAAUAUCAAAUUUUUGCCAAGGGAAGUCUUCAGUGAUUUGGACUCAUUAAUUGAAUUAGACUUGAGAGGUAACUCUAUAGAAUGUGACUGCAAAUCCAAGUGGCUUUUAGUCUGGCUGAAGACUACCAACGCUACUGUAUCUGACGUCUACUGUGCUGGUCCAGCAGAACUGAAGGGCAAGAAGCUCAGUGACCUUCAGUCUUUGAACCACGAGUGCACAUCUACAGGUAACCUCACAGGUGCCUCACAGUAUAUGCUGGGUUUGAACCACGAGUGCACAUCUACAGACUUUGUCCUUCACCAGACUCUGGCUUUUCAGUCCUUGUCAGUAGACACCUUUGAUUAUAAAAAUGAUGUCUAUGUAGCCAUUGCACAGCCGAACAUGGAAAACUGCAUGGUGCUGGAGUGGGACCACAUUGAGAUGAACUUCAGAAGUUAUGAUAACAUUACAGGACAGUCAAUAGUUGGAUGCAAAGCCAUCCUGAUCGAAGACCAGAUCUUUAUUGUAGUAGCACAGCUAUUUGGGGGCUCCCACAUCUACAAGUAUGAUGAAAGCCAGACCAAGUUCACAAAGUUUCAGGACAUUGAAGUUUCCAAAAUCUCCAAGCCUAAUGAUAUCGAGGCCUUCCAGAUUGACACAGAAUGGUUCUUUGUGAUAGCAGACAGCUCCAAAGCUGGGCUGUCCACACUGUACAAGUGGAAUGCUAAAGGAUUCUACUCCUACCAGUCCCUGCAUGAAUGGUUCAGGGAUACGGACUCAGAGUUUGUUGAGCUAGACGGAAAGCCACACUUAAUACUGGCCAGCAGGUCCCAGGUACCCGUGAUCUUCCAGUGGAACAAGAGCUCUAAGAAGUUCACCCAGCAAAGCGAAAUCCCCAACAUGGAGGAUGUUGUUGCUGUGAAGAGCUUCCAGAUCAAGAACGAGCUCUACUUGGCCUUGACCAGGUUCAUUGGCGACUCCAAAGUCCUCAAGUGGAGUAACAAGCAGUUUGUGGAUAUCCAGUCUGUGCCCUCUCGGGGCUCCAUGAUUAUGCAGCCCUUCUCCUUCAAAGAACGCCACUACCUCGCCCUGGGAAGCGAUUACACCUUCUCGCAGAUCUACAUCUGGGACGAGGAGAAAAAGCUGUUCGUCAGAUUUAAAGAGAUCUACAUUCAGGCUCCCCGUUCCUUCACAGCGGUGUCCACAGACAGAAGGGAUUUCAUAUUCACCUCCAGCUUCAAGGGAUACACUCAGAUAUUUGAGCACACCAUUGUUGAUUUAAGCUUGUGAAUACGAGGUGUACUGUAAUAGGUAAGCAAGCAGGCAAAUGUCUUCCAUAGCUCAGAGGUAAAACUGAGACCACUAAAACAAGCAGGUUAACUCCAUUCCAUCUUGCGCUAUUUUCUGACUUGAAUGGGUUUUUAAUAUGGCAUUAUCAGGUAUUUAAAUCUAUUGAGUAUUGUAUGCAUUUUUACUGAUCUGAAUUGAUUAAGUUUAUCCCAGGUAGCACUCUUUUAACUAUUUCAUAAAAAUUAAAUCCUGAACUAGAGGAAUAUAAUCAUAAGACCCAUUCGUUUUUAUUUAAAUCACCUGGGGGAGAAAUGGUGAUAUUGUAUUGCCUUAUAUCUAAAAGGGUUGUGUGUUUAAUUCCCUGUAGCAUCAGUUAUGCAGGACUGCUUGCUCAUGAAGAUAGCAUGCCAAGUCCCUAUUGGCUGCAGUGCUGUAGGUAUUGCUUCAGAAGAGCAGGUGCCUGACAAGCACUUCUUCAUUAGACAAGCCCACACACCCAAUGGAGCUCAAAGAGGAAAAAAAAACAGAAACUAUGCAAAAGUAAGAACAGCAUUGUAGAGGAAAUACACUUUACGAGAAUAAUUCCAACACCCCCGUUUGAUGACAUACCUUUAAUGGAUAGAUCCAAGCUCUGUUGUUGCCAUGCAACAUUUAUUAUCCAUUUACCCCAAAUCAGCUCCCUUGGUAACUGCAUAUAUUGGGAUCCCUUAAUAGGUAAUCAUCCUACUAUCAAAAAUAGAUAGAAGACUUUUAAAAAGCAAUAAUCCCACAAGUAUAGGCCCAGAUGUUACACAUUUACUGCAGAAAGCACUCUUUAUUUUACAUCUGCAAUUUUCUAGCCCAGUGUAGUUCGGAAACCACAGUAAAAUUGUUUGCCAUUUUGCUCAUUAGCUACGUAUAUUUGUAAAGUAAACAGGUUCUCCUCUAUAUACAGAACAUCAUUAUUCUCGCAUGGAUCUGUACCAUACAUUCAGUAGGUUUGUAGGUUAUUAGGAUUUUCUCAACCUAUUAGAAAUAUUAAUAUAAUGUUCUCAGAAUAUUGAUCUGUGUUGUUUUUCCAUGCCAGUGAAAUGUUGCACACAACCCAGAUAUAAAUAAUCUGCAAUACUUAUACUACUACCAAUAUUUAAUUAUACUACAGUACUGUAUUUAACAGUACCACCUAAUCAAAUAUGCAAGUUGUAUGAGAUUUUUUGUAUAUAUAAUAAUCUUAUUGAAUGUUAGCCUUGUAGAUAUAACUGAAAAAGAGAAUAAAAUGCUGAUGA